AUGGCCUUCGACAGCUCGAGAUCCGUAAGAUUUCGUGACGACGACGACGACGGGGAGUAUUCGAAAUUCUCAAUGUCGAACGGGGAAAACAUAAUCAAAGUGAAGUACAAGAUCGACGGGACAAGGCUGGCGGAGUCGAGCCCCGAAAAAUCGAACCAAAAGGCGGCGGGAAAAUCGUUAAAAGCCAAAGUACUGUCCCGAGUUUUCUCCGAGGAUUACGAGAGAGUAAGGAAGAAGAUACUCGACCCUCGAGGGCCGUAUGUCCGUAGAUGGAACAAGAUUUUCUUGGUAGCCUGUAUAGUGUCUUUGUUCGUCGACCCUCUAUUUUUGUACCUGCCAGUUGUCAAGAAGGAAAUGUGCAUAGACAUAGGCCUCACUCUUGAACUUUGCCUCACCGUCGUUAGAUCCCUAGCCGACAUCUUCUACCUUGUCCAAAUUUAUAUUCGGUUUAGGACAGCUUACGUGGCGCCUUCGUCUCGUGUGUUUGGACGAGGGGAGCUCGUAAUAGACUCUUCCAAAAUCUCGUCUCGAUAUUUACGCAAAUACUUUUGGCUCGAUUUAUUAGCUGCACUUCCUCUUCCCCAGAUGUUGAUUUGGGGGGUGAUCCCCAACUUGAAGGGGUCGACAAUGACGAACACGAAAAAUGUGCUGAGGUUCAUUAUUAUUUUCCAGUAUAUUCCGAGGCUUUUCCUUAUAUUUCCGCUUUCUUCGCAAAUCGUCAAGGCUACUGGUGUGGUCACAGAGACCGCAUGGGCAGGGGCAGCUUAUAAUUUGAUCCUUUACAUGUUAGCAAGCCAUUUCUUAGGGGCUUCUUGGUAUCUUCUGUCGAUUGAGAGGCAAGAAGCUUGCUGGAGGCACGUUUGUAGUCUCGAGAGCCCAAUUUGUCAGUACAAAUACUUUGAUUGCCGUAGAGUUUCAGACAGUGGCAGAAAUUCCUGGUUUCAGUCGAGCAACGUCACGAGUAGGUGCAAUCCUUAUAACACCUUCUAUCCAUUCGGCAUUUAUGGGGAUGCUGUGACUACCGAGGUCACGUCGGCAAGGUUUUUCAACAAAUACUUUUAUUGUCUCUGGUGGGGGCUGAAGAACCUUAGUUCUUUGGGUCAAAAUCUUGCGACGAGCACUUAUGUAGGGGAAAUAAGCUUCGCCAUUAUAAUCGCGACCUUGGGUCUGGUGCUGUUUGCCUUGCUCAUAGGGAAUAUGCAAACGUACCUCCAGUCGACAACGGUUAGGUUAGAAGAAUGGAGAAUAAGGCGAACAGAUACAGAACAGUGGAUGCAUCAUAGGCAGCUACCUCAAGAGCUAAGACAGGCAGUUAGAAAAUACGACCAAUAUAAAUGGGUGGCCACGCGAGGAGUUGAUGAGGAGGCCCUGCUGAAGGGACUCCCUCUUGAUCUAAGGCGGGACAUCAAACGCCACCUGUGCUACGAUCUCGUCCGACGGGUGCCGCUGUUUGACCAGAUGGACGAGCGGAUGCUGGACGCGAUAUGCGAGCGGCUGAAGCCGUCCCUGUGCACGCAGGGGACUUGCAUAGUGCGUGAGGGGGACCCUGUGAAUGAGAUGGUCUUCAUCAUCCGCGGCCAUCUCGACUCCUUCACCACAAACGGUGGCCGCACGGGCUUCUUCAACUCGUGCCGCAUAGGCCCCGGGGACUUCUGUGGGGAGGAGCUGCUGACAUGGGCCCUCGACCCCCGCGGUUCCUUCGUGGCGGGCCUCCCUUCCUCCACCCGCUCCGUGCGUGCUGUCUCCGAGGUCGAGGCAUUUGCUCUCCGUGCCGAAGACCUCAAGUUCGUGGCCGCCCAGUUCCGGCGCCUCCACAGCAAACAGCUGAGGCACAAAUUCCGGUUCUACUCCCACCAGUGGCGUGCGUGGGCUGCCUGCUUCAUCCAGGCCGCCUGGCGCCGUCACCUCCGCCGGAGAGGGGCGGCUGAGCUCCGGGAGCUAGAGACAAUGGCGACUGCGGCAGAGGAGACAGGGGAGGGGGAUGUGGGGCCCCCGGGAUUUGUGCCGAGGCUGGUGGGGAGUAGGAGGGGAGGUGUCGGGGAGUCGUCGUCGUCGGGGAAGAUGAAGGCUUUGCGGAAGCCGGUGGAGCCCGAUUUCUCGUCGGUGGAGGACGAGUGA